AUCUAACUAGUCGUAGGAAUUAUAUAACAUUCCGAUGCAAAACAUUUUAUCUUGAAAGUAUUAGAACUGCAUUUGGCACUGAAAUAAAUAAAUAGAAAAUAUAAUUAGAUUUGUGGAUAUUCCAAUGUACAGUAUCGCAACUUCAAAAUUCUGUUUCGUUACCACGGUGCUAAAACAACAAUUUUUAACAAAAUACCGUGGAGUUUUUUAUCCUAUAUUGCGCUGUAAAAUAAAUUGUAUUAAUCCCUCUAUAAUCAUGGCUUCAAAAUGCUUUAAUGGACAUCAUGAUCACUACAAUGGCUUAACCAUUGAUUCAAACGAAGAAUCUUGUACACCUGAAGUGUUCGCUAGUCGUCUUACAGCAUCUUUACAACAAUGGAUAGAAAAUAAAAAACGCACAAUAUGGUUCCGUGUACAUUUACCGCAAUCAGAAUGGAUACCAUUACUUGUAAAGGAAGGAUUUAAAUUUCAUCAUGCAAAACAAGAAUAUGUUAUGCUUUAUCGAUGGUUAGUUACAGAUGAAGAAUCUAAUAUACCACAUUAUGCACACACAAAUUUAGGAAUUGGAGGAUUUGUUUAUAAUGAGGAGACUGAAGAGAUUUUAGUUAUUAAAGAAAAAUAUACAAAUCAUGCACGCAUAUGGAAAUUGCCAGGUGGUUAUGUAGAACCAGGUGAAAAUUUAGCAGAUGCUGUAAAAAGGGAAGUUCUAGAAGAAACUGGUGUCCAAACUACUUUCAAAUGUAUAUUAGGUUUUAGGCAUGUUCAUGGUUAUUCGUUUGGCUGUUCUGAUAUAUAUAUGGUAGCUUAUUUAUCUCCUGUUAAUUGUAAUAUCAAAAAGUGUGAAAGAGAAAUUUCUGAAUGCAGAUGGAUGAAGAUAAAUGAUUAUUUAGAGCAUUCAGAGGUAUCUGAAAAUAAUAAACAAAUAGCAAAGAAAAUACUAGAAUUUUUCAAACAUAGAAUGGGAAUUGUUGUGAACCAAGAAAUACAUUUUGCAACAAACAAACCUAUUUUUGUAUAUAGCAUAUCUAAAAUCAAUGAUGCAUAGCAGCACACAAAUUAGUUAAAAUACGACCAAUUCAUUUUAUAAUUUAAAGUAUAAAGU